AGCGGAUGUGAAUAACGCGUGAUAAAGUAGAUGGGUUGGAUGACAGAGGAAGAUGGAAGAUUUAGGAAGAUUGUUAGUUUCCCCACUGUCCCUCUCUCCCUCUCUUCCUACUGAUGGUUAUGUGGCUCAACUUAGACGGAACUGUUGCUACAUCGUCAGUGCUGUUAUUCUCAAAGAUAACAAGGUGCUGAUGAUCCAGGAAGCUAAGCUGGGGUGUAGAGGUAAAUGGUACCUGCCUGCAGGGAGAGUAGAUCCUGGAGAAACACUGACACUGGCUGUACAGAGGGAGGUGCAGGAGGAGGCGGGGUUUCUCUUUAAUCCGACACGUGUUGUGGGAAUUGAGGGGAGCUCUCCUGGGUGGAUGAGAUUUAACUUUUACGGAGAGAUAUCUGGAGGAGAACUGAAGACUCACGAAGACAAGGAAAGCAUUCAAGCCAAGUGGUUUGAUUUGACGGAAGUACUCGACCGCAGAAUCGAUUUAAGGGCCGCCGAUAUUAUCCCAGUGAUACGGAAUGCUGUGGUACAACAGGAGAAACUGUUUGUUGGUACUCUCCCUUCUGCGAUAGAGAGAGCUAAUUACACUGUAUCCCUUGCUAUCGUGUUUAAUGAUAAUAGUGGGAGUCCGAUAUCAGUUGUGACUGAUAGAAGUGGAGGUCUCCCGACCAUGUCUAUUGAAAAAAGGGACCCCAAAAGCCAUGCCAAACAUAUUUUCGACAUAUUUGGGAUAGCUGACAAGAUAUGCAAGGAGAUUGUAGGAGUUGGCUCCACCUCUGACUUGUUAUUUCGCGGUAUUCUAACUUUAGCCUACGAUGGUCGACAGGGAAAGGAUGGUAUUCACUUUACCUUGCUCUACGCCUCUUCCACACAACGUGAAAUCAGUUCAGACUGCUCUUGGCAGAGUUCCAACAGUUCAGAUAUCAGGACACUACUUUCCUCUGACAGGAUUAUCCCUGUUAAAUAGAAACAUUGCGGGAGUGUACCAGUUACACUGGGUUAACUGAGUUGUGUGAUAAGGUUAUUUUAAUACUUUCAACACUACUACAUAUAAUAUAACAAAUAAUUUGAGGCUCUAAUGAUGUAGUUUUACGAAGAUUUCAAGCCUUAUGUUGUGUGUUUCCCAUCGUGUCCAAAAGCAUUAUAAGGUUAUUAAGUUACACUUGUUAAACUUACUUCAAUUGCUUUCAUCUAUCUGUUUUAGGAAAAUUGAGAAGGAAAUGAGGUACCCCUCUUCUGUUACAUUAUUUUUAUGCAAAUGAAAAGUAAGUCAUCGUUGGUUACUGUUAGAGGUGACGCAUUUAUUUCCUGAUAUAGAAUUAUGUUUUGUAACUACAGCUUUUUAUCCGUUUGAUUACACUUUUGAUAUUUCAUUUUGAGGUACAUUUGUUUUGCAAUAUAUUUUGAUAUCUUAUGCUCCAUAUAUCAUCACUAUAAUUUUACGUUUUUUAG